ACUGCCACCAUCGCGACCACUAACGGUGACUUACGUUUGUUGGCUGUUUAGUGAGGACAGUGAGCAGAGAUCAGUUGCCGCCGCGGCUGCAACGAGCAGACGAGCGUGUAACGAGCGCUGGUGGCAGCAGCAUCGGUGCAGACGACAACAGCGAAAGAAGCUAGAUGAGGUGGAAUUGUUGUCGCUGCUGUUGUUGUUGUGGUAAUAGAAGCAGCACCGGAGGUCUUGCCGCCGUCGUUGUAAGCGAAGAGCGGCCAGUAGUAGUGCGCCGGCCCGUGAGCACAGAGGGUGCCUUGUCGUCGAUUGUCAGUCACCGCGGCUAAUGGUGGCCGCCGUGCGCUGCUAGUCAUACCGUAUCAUUACUUACUAGCAUAUCUAAUAGAAGAUUAAACUAGACAGUUAGCACGCGUCCGCGUGAGUACAUAUCAAAAGCCAGCCAACUAUACAUGCACAGUGUACACAUGAUUUUAAUCAUGAGAAACGCUAUCCACUUGCUGCAAUAGACUAAAUUACAACAAUAUGUGCAAGUCGUAGUGGUAUCUGUAGUAAUAGUUGUCGUCGACCGUAGCGUUAUCGUGCAUGUGAUCGCCUCUGAAUGGUGCAAGUGUGUGUGUAUAUGUAUAUACAUAUAUACGUCAUAUAAAAAUAGUCGUAUUCAAAUGUGCUCUUCUCCGCGCGCUGCUAGCGACAGUUCACUGGUAUCGCUGGAUUAUCGUAAUAUUCGUGUCUAUAUAGUGCGUGUUCUAUUCGUUGAGGGCGUGUAGUCGCACGGAUGAGACCGGGCCAAAAAAGGACAUCUCCAUCAGCCCUACCACCAGUAGAAUCGAGGUGUCUAUAACGUCUUACGAAUAAUAGAACUGGACGAAUAGCAAAGCGAAAGGCGAAGCUUUCGCCGAUAUCCGAUAAGUAUUUGAUUCAAAUCCAGCUUAGUGAGGAUGUUUCUCAGUAUGUGCAAUAACAACAAGGGCAACGGAAAACCAAUGUCCUGAGUCAGAAUCGGGUGAUGUGGUAGUAACAUAAUCGUUGUCAGCAUAUACCGACUUUGUGGUGAUAUUCGGUGUAAACUUGAACGUAUUUAUUAGUGCUAAAAACGCAAACAACAUCGAGCAAGGAUUUGUUUAGUGGUUAACUUUUUUUGUUUACACGUGUAUGUCUGUCCGAUCUGUGUGUAUGUAGCCUAGAAUUCGGAACAAAGCUUAAUGGACGUCUGAGUGCUAUUGAACUUGCUAUUCUCCCAUCAACUGAUAUUUUAAACAUAUCAUUAUCGCCACCAUUAUCAUCAUCAUUGUGUUUGGCGCUGUCAAAUAAAAUAGAGUGCCUUUUAGGUGAGAUCUGAACGUGACGAUCACGCGAUGGGGUCUGGCCAAAGUUGGCUGUGAGAGGCGUAAGCACAACAUAAAAAAGAGUGAGUAGCCCCCGCGCACAAAUAACUUUUGCCCUACUGCCGCCUUUUUCGUGCGGCAGUUACAGCAGCAUCAGCUGUCAACCUGCUGUUGCUGCUGCUGCUGCUGCUGCUGCUGUACCAGUAGGAAGUACAACAACAAAAAGGAACAACAAAUCGAGAUCGUCAGCUUCUUAGCGUAGUUGGACACACUGGAGCUGCACUGCGCAUCGGCAACAUAACGCAGCUUUGAACAGGAACAAAGGAAUCACAGACAAGGGCAGCGUAGACACAAAAGGCGGCGCGCCAGUGGUCUCGAGGUGAAGCCAAGCGGCAGAAUGUGAGGCCCAGUGCAAUCGAGAUUUCUAAAUCUCAUCCAUUGUACUUCACUUUGUAUACAAUAUUGUAUUAAAGAAUCGAGAACAAUAUCUCCUACUAUUGAAGCAGCAGCAGCAGCAGCAGCAGCUAACGGCCUCAGCUGUUACCCAUGGAAAAGUGUUGCGAUUUAAUCGUCUACUUUAGCAACAACGACAACAAUACCAGAACCAAGAAAGGCUUGACAAAAGAUCUACGGCAGCAGCAGCGGCGGCGGCGAGAAUUAAACCGGAGAAGACAAACAGGGAAGACACUACGUGCAAAUCUAUUCUUUUUCUAGUCAAAUCAUUAUUUUUAUUAUAUGAUUGUUACUAAUCUUGUUAGGGGGACGUCGCCAUUGCAUACGCGGUCCCUCCCUCAAGCAACGUAUGGCUAUAGCCCAAGCUGGGAAACACGCUUGAUCAAUUGAUUGAUUCACAUAGCCCGUAACAACGAGAUCAACAAUAGAAGGAAUCGCAGAAGAGAAAGAAUGAAGUUACUGUUAAAUCACAAAAGGCUGAUCACCAAGUUUUUCCGGUGUUUGGUGAUCGUGGUCUUGUCAGUGACCGUGUGUGUCAACGUCAUGUUCAUCAUGGACGUAAAUCAUAAACUUCGAGAAGAGGCCCUCGAGGGUGAUGGCGACGCGGAGGCCGUUGGAGCGGGGAAUGCCUUGGGCGAGAGCGCCUUCUUUUUGGCCGGACCACCAUUGCCCAGAGCUCUUACUGUCGAGGUCUAUUCGUCACAAUCGAAAGUUAGCGUCAGCGUCGACGGCACAGUGGUACUUGAUGACUCUGCCGAAAAAGGAGGAAGGGGUAUCCAUGUGCUGGUCCUAAAUCAGGCGACAGGCAGUGUUAUGGCGCAACGUUUGUUCGAUACGUACUCACCCCAUGAAGACGAAAUGAUGGCAUUCUUCUUGAAUAUGGUGUCUGAUGGACGAAUUCUCAUCUUUGCCCUUAAGGACGAGGGCACUUUCCAAAUGAAGGCAGCUGCUCGAGAUCUUCUUCGAAAGCUUGGCUCGACGAAAAGUCAAGCCAUCGGAUGGCGAGAUAUGUGGGCUAUGGUGUGUCGAAAAGGUAUUCAAGCUGAUAACCAGCUAAGCGUUAUUUAUGGCGAAACGUACUCGAAGAGUCCCGAAUUCAAUGCAUGGGGUGCGCCCGUUUACCUCAAGGCAGAGGUGCCAUUGGUUCCACUGGAAGACACUCAGUGUUCGCGAUGGCCUGAAUCACCCGAAACGAGUCGGAGGCGGGCCUUUUGUAACCACAUUGAGGGUUAUGGCUCGGUGUGUUCAUGCGAGUCGCCUGCACCGUUAUCAUUCACUCCGCCUUCAUUGGCUUCAUUAGUCAACAACGUAUCUGAUGUGCCAGUAGUUAUAAUUGCCUCCAAUCGACCGCAUUACCUCUACCGGAUGUUGCGCACGUUACUCAAUACGCCAGGCGUCAAUCGUUCGGCAGUUACCGUGUUCAUUGAUGGCUAUUUCGAGGAACCGCUUCAGGUGACGCGGCUACUGGACGUGCGUGGCGUGCAGCACACGCCAAUUGGAGUACGGAACGCCCGCGUAUCGCAACACUACAAAGCUUCAUUGACGGCGACGUUUAGCAUGUUCCCUCGAGCAGAAUUCGCCAUUGUUAUCGAAGAAGACCUUGACGUCUCCCCCGACUUCUUUUUUUACUUCAGCCAGACGGUACACUUACUUCGGGAGGACCCAAGCCUUUAUUGCGUAUCGGCCUGGAACGACCAUGGUUACGAACAUUCAGCCCAGGACCCGGCAUUAUUAUACCGCAUUGACGGGAUGCCUGGUCUUGGCUGGCUCCUGAAGAGAUCGCUAUACAAGAAGGAACUCGAGCCACACUGGCCUUCCGCGGACAAAUUGUGGGACUGGGAUAUGUGGAUUAGACAGCCACGAGUUCGUCAGGGAAGGGAAUGCGUUAUACCAGACAUAUCUAGAACAUACCAUUUUGGGUCACAGGGCAUCAACAUGAAUCCCUACUUCCAGGAUAUGUACUUCAAGAAACAUGCGUUCAACAAUCUUCCGGACGUUAAACUACGAAAUGUCGAUUCAUUAAAGAAAGAUGCAUACGAGCUGGAACUUGCUAGUUUGCUUCGUAAAGCCAUUCCGGUGGAUCACAGCAAAUCGCCGUGCGAACCUGAUUUCCUACCACCUGCUGGGAAUAAACUGGCCAAUAGACCAAAUAGUCAGCAGACCGCUCAGCCGCAAUCGAGACACCUGAGUCAACAGCAGACGAAACAACAAAUCAAAGGUGGAUUAAAUCACGGUCCAGCUAACCCUGAUGUAUAUGUUAUGUAUAUACGGCAAGACGACAAUUACUCAACGUGGCUGGAAGUGGCUCGCUGUCUGCGGGUCUGGGACCUGGAUGGAAGGGGUUUUCACAAGGGCUUGUGGAGACUCUUCCUCAAUGGGCACCAUCUGCUCGUCGUACAAGUGCCAAGUUCACCUUACUCGUCUUUCAUACCAGACUGGGUGACCCCAAUCUACAUCCCAAAACAGCAGCAGCAGCAGCAGCAGCAACAGCCGCCACAGCAGCAGCAGCAGCAGCAGCAGCAGCAGCAGCAGCAGCAGCAGACCAGUACUGGCCUUAAGGCUAGCUGAACGAGCCUUUCCGUUCCGUCAGGACAUAUCGAGAACGAGCCCAGCUAUUGAACGAUCAUAAUGCCCUUGCGCCUUUAUUGGAUCAAAUCAGGACACUGUCGCCUCCAUCGCUUUGUAAUCAUACAGAAUCACCGGAAGACUGACGAUGAAUAUGGGUCGGAAAUACAAGCGAAAAUGCCAACUUCUUUAAGAAAGUUUUAUACAAUAAUUCGAUACAUAUCAAGUCGUGCACAUAUCAAAAUGAGCCAUAUAUUGUUCGACGUUCCCCGAAUGAGUCUGAUAGUAAAGAGGUAAUGUUACUUGCCACCUUCGCUGGCAUCUCUGGGACGAGUUUAAUCCUUAUGCACUUGACCUAUGACGUGGGUCUGCCGUACGGGUAAUAUAUGGAGGGAGCAAUCUUAAGAUCGCGUUCCUGCUGACAUCCCCCCGGAUGAAGUUCUUCAUGAAAAAGCGCACUUUAAGUCAGUAGUGCUGUCCGCUGGUGUUACCAUGCCAUCUAAAACAGCCACUAACUAGGAGCACAUCCACGAAAGGACGACGAGAGAUUCAAAAACUGUGUAUUUAAUGUAUAGAGUUAUUAUAAAUAGUGUGAUAUUAGUGAAGAAUAAAGCCGUUGGGGAUAUACAAUAAAAAAUUAUCCAAAAAUGCCGAUCCACGGUUGGUUGGACGGAACGAACCGAAAAGAAAUAAAAAGACUGGCGCAAUACCAAGUGAGCAAGAAGGAGUUCUUUUU